UGCAAGGCUCCACCUGGGAGGUUCGUGACUCACCGAUGUUCCUUCGUAGUCGAGGAUCUCUUUUCUGUCUCUGAUCCCUGCUGAAGGAAGUGCCUGUCAUAUGUCUUGUGGGUCAUUUCAAGCGAUGGAGCCUGGAGAUCCUUGUCGAUGACUUUAUAAUUGAACCCAGCGAGCUUAUCGUCAAGUUUCGUGAUUGGUGGGAAGAGGGCAGGUGGGGAAUGAUAGGCGCAUUGUGGAGAGAUUGCGUGUGCGAUAUGCCUCUGCGGCUGUGCGACAUCUUUGGAGUUCGUAAUUGAUGUUGGCGCUAGCUGGGUUGAGGUUUUACUGAUGUUUGGCUGGGUUUUGGGCAGAUGGACUUGGUAUUAUUGCCUGUCUCACAUUGAAAUGAGGGAAUGUGCGUGCUCACUCUAAGUGCUGGGGAUGCAGUGGGAUGCUUUCGAAGUGGAGAGGUUGUCUAUUCUGCAUUCUUGGUCUGUGUUAGGGUUUGGACACUUGUUUUCCCCUCUUUGAACACACAAGCUACAGAAUGCACUAUUGAAGGGCUAUUUUUGUCUAGAUUAAUUCCUUGCUCCUUGCACCCACUACCCUAUUUCUCACAUGAUCGAAAUGGGAAAUGGGUGCCUACCUCUACGAUCCUCUUUAUUAAGUUGUGGUAGUUUUGAGACUACUACCCUUGCGACAACCGUAAUGCGUUCUCGGCUUUGGUGGUGGAAUGUGAGAAUCCAUCAGGCCCCGACAUUGAACCUCCAAAAUUGUGCGACUCCAGAAUUAUCUAAUAGCCGUCGGGUCUGGACCAGUGGAGAACAGCAGAAGGGCUUGCAGUUGGAGGCGAAAGCAUUGGCAGGAGGAGUAGUAGCGCUAGGGAAAUUUGAUGCUCUGCAUGUGGGACAUCGUGCACUAGCUGAACACGCAGCUGAGAUUGGCGCACCAUUCUUGGUCUCAUUUGCUGGAAUGGCUGAAGUACUCGGUUGGGAGGUCCGAUUACCAGUAGUUGCCAGGUGUGAUCGUGCUCGUGUAAUGAGUCUGUGGGCGGAACAUUGCGGUGACGUAGUUCCUCAAGAGUACAUGCUUGAGUUUUCCAAAGUGCGUUCGUUAAGCCCAGAACAAUUUGUGGAGAAGUUGGCUUCAGAAUUGAAGGUGAAAGGAGUUGUGGCAGGAGCAAACUAUCGAUUUGGAUAUAAGGCAGCAGGUGAUGCAUCGGACUUGGUGCGUCUCUGUCAAGAGUACGGCUUGCAAUCUGCUAUUGUAAACCCUAUCAUGGAUGCUUCAGAAAUGAGCUCUCCUGUUUUAGUUGAUGAUAGUAGUCGAGAAAAGGGACAAGUGUCGACCACUCGGGUUCGUAAAGCCCUAGCCAAUGGAGACAUGAAGCGAGUGGCAGAGCUUCUGGGGCGAAGACACAGAUUAGUCAUCCGACCGGAUAAGUAUGUGCGGCGUGACAACCUCAUCAGUGUCCCAGCUGUAAAUGCACUGAACCAACCUCCUAGAAUAGGUUCUUAUGAAUGUAGCUUUGUACUCGAAGGAGCUGGUGCCACCUUGGACUCUGACUCCUUAGCAGGGAAUGUAAGGCUAGAGGAGAGUUGCAUCACUCUAGAAUUGCAACAGCCCAGCCUUGUAGAUACCAUAACUCAGCAAAAUCUGAUUGUACUGGAUUUUCUUGCAUAGUUCCAUUCUCUGUCGACAAUUUCUUCAGUUACAGCAGUUGUACCCACGCGUUUCUUCAAUUAUUGCUAUUCCGGGUUUCUCUACCAAAAUUA